ACAUCCAAAGAAGCCUUACUUGCAAACCGCAAUGGGUUGGAAGAGAAGCAAACAAAGUUGCCCAUUUUAUUUGAUUUCAUUGCAAGAUUGGUUCCUUUGGUCAUUUUCCCUUUCCCUUGAGCUCUUUGCUCAUUGCUAAUUUUUUUCACUCUAAAUUGGUAACAAUUAUACUAAUAAAUUAGUACAAAUAAAGAGUUAAUAACUUACAAGUUUUAUUUAUCCACAUAGAAUCUAAUCUUAACACUAAGAAAUUGAAAAAAGUUUGUAUUUCAGCUAAAAUCACAUUGAAAGGUCUAAUCUGAUAUGAUGUAAGUGUGAUAUCAAAGGUUAAUGAAUGCAUGUAGGCUUUGUUUCAUUUUUAUUCCUAGUUAUAUCAAACAUAAUAAAGAGGCGUCAUCAAUGUCGUGCAUUGCUGACACAAAUUACCUCUCAGAAUCUUCAAAGGGCAUAGAAGAGGCAAGCCAAGUCAACAUUGCAGCUGGAAGCUACAUUCUUUGUGGGGAAUCAUCCAAGCAACACUUGGCUUCUUUAGUGGAAUUGGGAGACGAUACUGAUAGGUGUGUAUCGUUUCUUGGCUUUUCUUCUUCUCGCCAGGUUCAGGGGGAAAGAAGAACAAGAAACUCUUUUGGGUUCCGGCUAUUGCGCCUUGAUUUCAGUUAUCAUCUCGACAGACAGCUUGUGUUUAUGGUUUUUGUGCUGACAAGAAAAAGUGUCCAAAUUGUGGGGCCAUCACAGGGAAUCAAUCCUUGGCCUCUCCAUAAAAGCAAACAUUUAUUUGUGGGUUUCAGGAUUGGUUUGUUGUAUGUUUUCGAAUUAGUAGCUGCUGAGAGCCAGUUCUGCAACAGGACAUGCGGGGAAAUAUCAAUUCCGUACCCAUUCGGUACCACUGAAGGAUGCUAUUUAGCGAACGACACCUACCAUACUGAAUCCUUCCAUUUGACAUGCAAGGACAAUGGCGGUUUGUAUUGGGGGACUAAAGGCAGAAUCCAAAUCAGCGAAAUCAAUGUCUCUGCUGGAAGUGUCAAAAAUUUUUGA